CCGGCUGCGCUUGCAGCUACUCGGGUUGCUGCUCCCCGGUUCGAGGAACGGCAGCGCCUGGAAUGGGCUUGCGGGCCAUGCCUGUUCAUUCCCGGCAGACAGGACUACGGUGAAGCCGCGGCUGCUGUUACCUCGGGUACCGCCGGCGAUCUCCUGGGGUUGGUGUGCCCUAUGGCGCUCAGUCCCUCCUGUGCUAAAGAGGAAAUAUUUACCCGAGAUUCACUUAGCCUAGAAGAAACCUAACGAAGUUUCAUGAAAUUUAACUUGGCACUAUGGGGAUUCAGGGACUGCUUCAGUUCGUCAAGGAGGCUUCGGAGCCCGUCAACGUGAAGAAGUACAAAGGACAGGCAGUAGCCGUGGAUACCUACUGUUGGCUUCACAAAGGAGCGAUUGCCUGUGCUGAGAAGCUAGCCAAAGGGGAACCUACAGAUAGGUAUGUAGGAUUUUGUAUGAAGUUUGUUAAUAUGCUGCUGUCUCAUGGGGUCAAGCCUAUUCUUGUCUUUGAUGGAUGUACCUUACCUUCGAAAAAGGAAGUGGAAAGGUCUCGAAGAGAGAGACGACAAAGCAACCUUCUUAAAGGGAAGCAGCUCCUUCGAGAGGGCAAGGUGUCAGAAGCCCGAGACUGCUUCACUCGCUCUGUCAACAUCACACACGCCAUGGCCCACAAAGUAAUAAAAGCUGCCCGGGCCCUGGGCGUGGACUGCCUGGUGGCUCCCUAUGAAGCCGAUGCUCAGUUGGCCUACCUUAACAAAACUGGAAUCGCACAAGCUGUCAUCACGGAGGACUCUGACCUCCUGGCAUUCGGCUGUAAGAAGGUGAUUUUAAAAAUGGACCAGUUUGGAAAUGGGCUGGAAGUGGAUCAGGCACGGCUGGGCAUGUGCAAGCAGCUUGGGGACGUGUUCACGGAGGAGAAGUUCCGGUACAUGUGUAUCCUGUCAGGCUGUGACUACCUCUCCUCCCUGCGUGGGAUUGGCUUAGCAAAGGCCUGCAAAGUACUGAGGCUGGCCAAUAACCCGGACAUUGUUAAGGUUAUCAAGAAAAUUGGGCAUUAUCUCAAGAUGAACAUAACGGUGCCGGAGGAUUACAUCACAGGAUUUAUCCGAGCCAACAAUACUUUCCUCUACCAGCUAGUGUUCGACCCCAUCCAAAGGAAGCUGGUCCCUCUGAAUGCCUAUGGAGAUGACGUUAACCCCGAAACCCUGAGUUAUGCUGGGCGGUAUGUUGAGGACUCCGUAGCUCUGCAAAUAGCACUUGGAAACAGAGAUAUAAAUACCUUCGAGCAGAUUGAUGACUACAGUCCAGACACUAUGCCUGUCCACUCAAGAAGUCACAGCUGGAAUGACAAAGCUUGUCAGAAGUCACCUGUUGCCAACAGCAUUUGGCACAGGAAUUAUUGUCCUAGACUUGAGGUGAAUGGUGUUUCCCACGCUCCUGGGUUGACGGAAAAGUCAAGUACCGUGGGCCUUAAGCAAGUGAUUAGUACUAAAGGGUUAAAUCUUCCCAGGAAGUCUUCUGUAGUGAAGAGACCAAGAAAUGAAUCGCUGUCCGAAGAUGACCUAUUGAGUCAGUAUUCAUUUACAAAGAAGACCAAGAAAACCAGCGGUGGAGACAGCACAUCUUCCAGCCCUUCUGAAAUGUCUGUACCCAACCUGGAUGACAGGACUGCCCACAAGACAGAGGCGCACACUCCAUCUAGGACAAGGAACAGGUUCGCAGUGUUGUUACAGAGGAAGAACGAAGAAAAUGGCGCAGUUGUGGUUCCAGGGACCAGAAGCAGAUUUUUUUGUAGUUCUCCAAAUUUUGAUGACUAUGUACCAAAAAAAGCAAGCAUUCAUCCUCUAAAUGAAACUGCUGUCGAAGAGGGCCUCAGAGCAUCAGACUGUCCAGGCACAGAGGGCCAGAAGCUGGUUGACGUAAGUGGGACACAGGAUCCAAGUGCUCAGGUCUCAGGCAGUGAGACUGUGUCUUCCGAUGAUGAGGCUCAGUCUUCCGAGACCAGCAAAUUCGAGGGGACCUUUUCCCCGCCCACUCUGGGGACACUAAGAAGUUGUUUCAGUUGGUCAGGAACGCUUGGAAAUUUUUCGAGAACUCCAAGUCCCUCUCCAAGCACUGUGUUACAGCAGUUCCGAAGAAAGAGCGAGACCUGUCUGUCCAAGACCUGUGCCGUGGCUGACACGUGUCAGUCCAAGAGUGAGAAGUCAAGCGCCAAGUCUCAGCCCUUGCAUGAGGUGGGCUGGUCCUCACGAUCUCAGGAAAGCAUAGACUCACUGUGCAGUUUAAAUGCAUCAAACUUUUCCCAGCCUUCCAGUAAGGAUUCGGAUUCAGAGGAAUCGGAUUGUAACGACAAGUCACUUGAUAAUCAAGGAAGUCAGAACUCCAAGCAACAAUUACCUCCCUUUUCAAAGAAAGACACACUUGUAAGGAGUAAGAUCCCUGGCCUGUGUAGGUCUAGUUCUAUGGACUCUCUUUCUACAACCAAGAUCAAGCCCCUGGUACCUGCCAGAGUCAGCGGCCUGAGCAAAAAGCCAGGAAGCAUCCAGAAGAGAAAACACCGUGAUGCUGAGAACAAGCCUGGGCUGCAGAUAAAGAUCAGUGAACUCUGGAAAAACUUCGGGUUUAAAAAGGAUUCUGAAAAGCUUCCUUCUUGGAAGAAGCCCCUGUCUCCAGUCAAAGAUAACAUCCAACUCACUCCAGAGACAGAAGACGAGCUCUUUAACAAGCCUGAGUGUGCACACGUUCAGAGAGCAAUAUUCCACUAAGUGAGGAGUUCCGCUGCCUACAGGAAAACCUUACCGCUUCGAGAGAUGUAUUACUGUCAACGCCAUUUUUAAAAUGGAAUGCAUUUUGUAUAAUAACUUUGUGACUUUCUUUUGCUCAGCUUUUUAUAUUUUCAUAGAAAGCUAAAUAGAAGAAUAAGUCUUUGACAUUUCUGGGAUUUCAGUGC